AUGCUUCUGCUAGACUACCAAAAUGUGCUUAUUCAGUCGGUUCUGACGGAGCGUUUCUCAGGGUUGUACGUCAGAGCCCCUCCCGCCUCCAUUGACCAGACGGUCAGCGACUUUGAUGGCGUUACCUUCCAUAUCUCGACACCCGAGUCUAAGACCCAGAUCCUUCUUUCAAUCCAAAUACGAUGCUUCCCCGACCUUGUCAAGUAUGGAGCUGAGGAAGUUCUCCAGCGAGAGUAUGGCGACUACAUGACAUCGGUUGAGCCGGGCUUCGACUUCUCUGUUCUUGUGGAUUUGGACAACCUCCCAGAAUCAAAGGAGGAACGCAAUGAGCUAGCACUCAAAUUCGCUCUCCUGAAGCGCAACGCGAUGGCCGCGCCAUUCGAGCAAGCGUACAAGGAGCAUUACGCAUUGAAGGAGGAGGCAUCCAAGUUUACUUCCGAAGAAGCUCCUCAGGGUGUUCGAGAGGGAGGCGAAGUUAAGGCAAUUCACUACCGAGAGGAGGAGGCCAUCUAUGUUAAGGCCAGCCACGACCGAGUUACCGUCAUCUUUAGCACCGUCUUUCGCGAAGAAACCGAUCGAGUAUUUGGAAAGGUGUUCAUUCAAGAAUUCGUCGACGCUCGAAGGAGAGCGAUUCAAAAUGCCCCCCAGGUCUUGUUCAGGAACGACGCCCCCCUCGAGCUACAGGGUGUCCCGGGGGUCCAAGACACUGGAUCUGGAGAUAUCGGUUAUGUGACUUUCGUCCUCUUCCCUCGGCACCUAACUCCUCAGCGCAUGACUGAAGUCAUCUCUCACAUUCAGACCUUCCGUGACUACUUCCAUUACCAUAUUAAGGCUUCAAAAGCCUAUAUUCACUCGCGUAUGCGAAAGCGAACUGCUGACUUCCUCCAAGUGCUGCGCCGUGCUCGGCCCGAGAACGAGGAGAAGGAGAGAAAGACUGCCAGCGGCAGAACUUUCAAGAUAGGGCGCAAAGACGGCCCUGGGGUCGCCACGACAAUGAUAUGGCCGUUCGGAUCGCGGGACGCCGACAAGGAGAAGGAACAGAAACUUAAAGAAGAGGCGAAACGGCAGCAUGUGUCAUGGAUCGACUCGAUAAACCGCAUUCGAUCAGCACCUUUUGAUGCGGCUAGAGAAUGGGCGCCCGUUGUACUGUUCCCGCUCGCAGGCAUGGCAGCUCUACAAAUCUACGCAAAUUAUCUUCGCCGAAUACCCGGAUCAGCAUAUGUGCGCCCGAAUUUCUUUCGUAACCGAAGCAUCUUUGGCCGAGUUACCAGCGUUGGCGAUGGUGAUAACUUCCACCUCUUCCACACACCCGGCGGUCGACUUUUGGGUUGGGGCUGGUUGAGAAAAGUCCCCGAAGCUCGCAAAGAGUUGAAAGACCGAACAGCAUGUUUCCGAUCCAAGAUUUCGAUUCGUAUUGCUGGCGUUGAUGCCCCAGAAUGUGCCCACUUCGGACGGCCAGCGCAACCGUUCUCGGCCGAAGCUCUCGCCUGGCUACGAAACUACAUCAACAAACACAACGUCCGCGCAUACGUCUACAGGCGAGACCAGUACGAUCGAAUCGUCGCAACUGUGUAUACGCGGCGGUGGCUGUUUCGCAAGGACGUGGGUCUCGAGAUGAUAAAGGCCGGCAUGGCAACGACGUACGAAGCUAAGCAAGGGGCUGAGUUUGGUGGACGGCAAAAGAUCUACGAAAAGGCUGAGGCGAAGGCGAAGCAGAAACGAAAGGGGAUGUGGUCUGGCAAGUCUAAGGAUUUCGAGAGCCCAAGAGCUUACAAGACGAAAUGGGCUGGCUUUGACCAAGAAAAAACCGGCACUUGA